AUUCGUACCAGGUACUGCUGAAUGGAUUCUGCUGAACGAACAGUAUAAAGCAUGGAUCCGUUCAUCAGACUGCGACACUCUCUGGUUGAAAGGUGUUGCUGGCUCUGGCAAAUCCGUGAUUGCUGCUCACGUGGCAAUGUUGGUGUCCAGGGAGAAAGUACCUGUUUUGAGAUUCUUCUUUCGACAAAUCAUAUCGACAAACAAAACGCCUGAAUCCCUGCUUCGGGACUGGCUUGCUCAAUUGCUAGG